AUGAUCUUACGACUGCUCCCAUAUCCUACACUUGCUCUUGCAUUGAGCUGGAGCUCUCUGUUUGGAAGCAAAGGUGUCGCUGCAGACCAAUACGUUAUGCAACCUGAAGGUCCAGGCGUCCUUGUACCAAGCAACCCACGUAUUGCAAUUAUCGGAGCGGGAGCAGCAGGUUCUUCGGCGGCAAAUUGGAUUGGAUUCGCCACAGGACGAUCACAAAAGGUUGUUGGAGUCGACGUGUUCGAACGCGCGGAUUAUGUUGGCGGCAGGAGUACGGUCGUCUACCCAUACAAUGACACGGCCUUAGCACCGGUAGAACUGGGGGCAUCCAUAUUCGUCGACGCGAACAAGAAUAUGGUCCGCGCUGCCCUCCAAUAUGAUUUAGAGACGAUUGAAUUUGGUGAAGACAAUGAGCUGGUCGGAAUCUGGGACGGGUCGCAAUUCUUGGUCACCACAGGCAACAAGGGUUUCUUUGGCAAAAUUUGGGAGAACAUCCGGCUACUCUGGCGAUACGGCUAUCGAUCCCCCAUGACCGUGAAUGCGCUCGUCAAGCAAAUGGUCAACACCUAUCUCUCGCUCUAUACAACCAUCACUUCCUGGAAUAGCGUCGAGGCCGUCUCGUCUGCCCUCAAUUUUACCUCUCUGACUGAAGUGGACACGGCGACCUAUCUCGCAAACCAAGGGAUUGGCGAGGCAUUCGCAUUCGAGGUCGUCGAGAGUGCCACGCGUGUCAACUAUGCGUCUAAUCUAGAUGACAUACACGCGCUCGAGGGGCUAGUUUCCAUGGCCCCAAACGGUGCCAAAUCUAUUAAAGGCGGAAACUACCAAGUUUUCGCCAACAUGCUCAAAUUCUCCGAGGCCAAUGUACACCUAAAGACCAAGGUCAAGUCUCUCCAACGCGGAGAUGACGAUAAAUGGACGCUCAUUGCGAUCAAAGACACACCGUCGGGACCAACGACCAUGAUCGAGAAAUACGACGCGGUCAUUAUAGCUGCGCCGUACGACACGCUUGAGAUUGAUCUACCGAGCUCUGUCGCUCCAGUUGCACCAACAGCGUACACUCAUUUACACGUGACACUUCUCACCACAAAAUCACCACAACCGAAGGGCAAAUACUUCCAUUUGAAAGAUGAAGCAGUGCCUACCAUGGUUCUCACAACUGCACAAGGGAUACGAGCUGGCCGUACACCACCCGAAUUCAAUUCGCUCAGCUAUCAUGGCAAAGUGGCGGAAGAUCGGGACGAGUGGAAUGUCAAGAUAUUCUCUAUGCAGCCCUUGAGUGAUGAGUGGUUGCACGACGUAUUUGGACAUGUGGGAUGGGUGCACAGAAAAGAGUGGGACGCAUAUCCGAGACUGCCACCCACGACGCGAUACAAUCCAAUGAAGCUUGACAAGAAUCUGUAUUAUGUAAACGGAUUCGAGUCGUUCAUUUCGACAAUGGAGACGCAGACGUUGGCGUCACGUGGAGUAGUGGAAUUGGCGAUGCACGAGCUCUUUGGGUUUGGAUUGUGUCCACCUGACUACCAAUCGUCGCCACCAGAAGAUGGAGAGUUCAUUUGGGGAUGGGAUUACUCAUGCAAACCGCGUGUCGGUCGGCCCAUUGCAAUGCCUGCAACUUGGACUUCAGCCAUUUCGACUUGCGAGAUGCGAAUGAAAGACGUGCCCGGUCCGGCGACCAACGAAGAGCUCAGGACACUGUACCCACCAUUGUACACAUUUCCUCAGCUCAAAGGCUUCAUCGAAUCGGGCGACUUGGGGCUUCUGAAGCGACAUCCAGAUUUGCAAACACGGUACAAUACGUGGUGUGCUGCCGUCAAGGAGGAGUACGGAACCCUCGGUAUGGAUUACCUCGUCCGAGUUCGUCUCGGCUGGGCGGAAGAUGUCAAGCCAAAGCCGACAUUUGCGAGUGCGACCAACUCGGCUUCUGCGACUCCAAACCCACUCGUCUUUCGCGCGGAUCUUCCUGAAGGAUACAUCAAGGUCAUCCCGAACGAUUGGCCAUACUCCGUUCCAUUGGAUGUAUCACACUUUGUAAUCUGGUCACGCGUACCUGCCAUCUCACCCGCUAAUAUUCCAAUCUCGAUCCAAGACAUUGUCAAACACGAGGGCCUCUGGGGCUUCACAGGAAACAGCAAUCAAGAAGCACCCAUACCACCAGAAGGCGUCGAACCCCGCCAACCGCUUUCGGAGAUGCAAGCGACGCAUUUACUGGAGGCCUGUUCAGAGUUUGAUAAAUACGUCAAGAUAAAUUGGCCUGAAGACAAUUGGGAGUGCGCAUGGUUUGUAAACCCUCCGAGGUUGCAGAGUGUGCCCGGUCUUGCGCAUAUUCAUGUUUUCGCCCGUCGCAAAUGA